GCACUCCUCCCCAUCUGUGUGUAAGCCCCACGCCACUUGGCAUGCCCUGAGUCUCUGUGUGUGUGCUUGGGUGCGCACUUGCAUGCCUACCAGCAGCUUUGCCCUGUCCUGGCUUCACUCAUGCUACUGGCAGCAUUGCACGCCCGUGUGUCUCUGUGUGUGUGCACACACGUGAGAAGAGAGGAGCGAGGGGAGGCAAGGCAGACACGCUUAUAGGAAGUGCCAGCAGCCGAUGCCCGGUGUGAAAGCAAACUGUCAUCUCUUGGAGUGCUGCAAGUGGACAAACUGCCUGACAUAAUGCCAAGUUUUGAUGAGGUUUUGAAGGAAGCUGGUGAAUUUGGAAGAUUUCAGAAGAGGGUCUUUUUCCUCCUUUGCCAGACAGGCAUAACUUUUUCUUUCCUGUUCACCAGUGUGGUUUUCCUUGGGCAAGCACCAGGUAGCUACUGGUGCAGGAUCCCUGGGGCAGCUGAACAAAGUGAGCUAUGUGGCUGGACACUGGAAGAGGAGCGAAACUUCACAGUACUGCCCCUGCGUCUCGGGAACGGGUCCUCCAGCGGGGAGUGUGAGAGGCUGGAUGUCGUGUGGGACACCUCCGUCAGCUGUACCGGCCCGCUCGCCCACUACAGCAAUGGCAGCACAGGCUACCUGCCGCUCACCACGUGCCAUGAUAACUGGGUGUACAAACAGCCCCACUCAUCCAUCGUUAGUGAGUAUAACCUUGUGUGCGGCAAUGCCUGGAUGCUGGAUCUCUCACAAGCUGUCCUCAAUCUGGGGUUUCUGGCUGGCGCGUUCACCCUGGGCUAUGCUGCAGACAGAUAUGGCAGAAUCCUCACCUACCUGCUCUCCUGUCUCGGGGUUGGGAUAUGUGGUAUCAUAGUGGCAUUCGCACCAAACUUCACUGUAUUUCUGAUUUUCCGUUUUCUCCAAGGCGUGUUUAGCAAGGGAACCUGGAUGACAUGCUACGUGAUUGUGACAGAGAUUGUUGGUUCUGACCAGCGGAUUGUUGGGAUUGUGAUUCAGAUAUUCUUCACCCUGGGAAUUAUGAUUCUCCCUGGAAUUGCAUACUUGAUUCCCACCUGGCAAGGGGUCCAGCUGGCCAUAUCACUGCCCAACUUCCUCUUCCUGCUGUACUACUGGGUGGUUCCUGAAUCUCCACGUUGGCUUCUGACACGCAAGAAGGGAGACAAAGCAUUAAAAAUCAUGCACAACAUUGCAAAGCACAAUGGGAAAUAUCUCUCCCCACAUUACUCAGAGAUCACUAUUAGCAACGAGGAGGUCAGCAACCCCUCCUUUCUCAGCCUGAUGAGGACUCCCGGGAUGAGAAGGAACACCCUCAUCCUCAUGUAUGCCUGGUUCACAAGUGCCCUGAUCUACCAAGGGCUUGUCAUGCGCCUAGGAAUUGUUGGAGGAAACCUCUACCUAGACUUCUUCAUCUCGGCAGCUGUAGAACUGCCUGCUGCUCUCCUGAUUUUAGUGACAAUUGACCGCAUCGGCCGUCGCCUUCCUUUUGCAAUAAGCAACAUUGUGGCGGGAAUUGCAUGCCUCAUUACUGCCUUUUUGCCAGAAGAUAUCCUAUGGCUUAAAAUGACAGUUGCCACACUGGGAAGACUGGGCAUCACGAUGGCUUUUGAAAUUGUCUAUCUUGUGAACACUGAAUUGUACCCUACGACACUGAGAAACUUUGGUGUCUCCCUGUGCUCGAGUUUGUGUGACCUAGGAGGGAUCAUAGCCCCAUUCCUGCUUUUCCGAUUAGCAGCCGUUUGGUUGGAGCUACCUCUAAUAAUCUUCUGUAUUCUCGCAGUUGUCUGUGGGCUCCUGGUACUCCUUUUACCAGAGACAAAGGGAAUCUCCUUACCAGAGACAGUGGAGGAUGUGGAGCAGCUUUCAAGUCAUUUCGGUAAAUGUGGCAAGAAACGGAAACACCGGGAUACCAACUCAUAUAUUUGAACUUUGAAGGACAGCACUAAGCUAAGAACCAUGUUCCUAUGAUGGGAAUUUGUUCUCCACCUGCCACCACUUCAAAAUUUGCAGACUAUGGAUUAAACUCCAUGUUCUUGUUCUAAACAUAAGGACAUUUAAAACAAGUGGUGUAUUUUUCUAUAAGUAUUAAUAAAUUCAUUUUUUUCUGAGU